GAGCAGGAGUUCACAAGAGCUGAAGACAACAACUCCACAGUUCCUAUGUUCAAUGGAAUUUGGACAACAUAACGUUGACUUAGUAAUAUUUUGUAGUCAUGAAGCGGAUGAUAAAACAAAAAGGACUUAGAAAUUGUCGUUUCUUUAGAUCUAUGAAUGGCUUUAUUUAAUUGCGUAAUGCCACUACUUAACAAAGGAGUUUGUCUGUCUAACUUUAUAAAGAAAGACGAAAUCUGGAUUUUAAAAAGGUAUUGAAUUUAUUUAAUUUCACAAGGCAUGUUUCCUGAGUGUUACCCUCCAGCUCAGUAUAGCGACUCAUGGGAUGUAGCAAAUGGACAACUGGGUUCAACUUUGGACACCUAAAGGCGCAGUCCAAACUUUCGGUCUUUUUUACCAUGAUCAUCAUUUUCACGUACUUAUUUUACUGUCUAACUGGGUAUUGCGACUCCUUACCUAGACCUGUAUACGACCAACAGACAAGUUUCCUCCAGAAACUCCAGCUAAAUGAUGGACUGGAUCUUCCGCCUCAGCAACAGUCUGACGCGCGCAAAAGCAGUUCUCCCGGCUCGGUUGUUCGCGAACUCCCCGGCUUUCACAGUGGCAACUCACGCUUACAGGAGAAAGACAAUGAACAGCGACCCGAUAACAUCUCUAUUGCCAAUAACUUCGGAAGUAAAAAGUUUCCUCAAACAAUCAUCAUCGGAGUAAAGAAAGGAGGGACUCGCGCGUUGCUGGAGUUUUUGCGCAUUCAUCCGGAUGUUAGAGCGGUGGGCGCUGAACCCCACUUCUUCGACAGAUUCUAUGAUAAAGGCUUAGAAUGGUACAGAAACCUGAUGCCUCGGACGCUGGAGGGCCAGAUCACCAUGGAGAAGACACCUAGCUACUUCGUCACAAAGGAGGCUCCUCGCCGUCUCUUCGACCUGAGUCGCCACAUCAAGUUGAUUGUGGUGGUUCGAGACCCCGUGACACGGGCGGUGUCCGACUACACCCAGACGCUGUCCAAACAACCCGGCCUUCCAUCCUUCCAAAGUCUGACCUUCCGGAACUCUACUACGGGUCUCAUCGACACAUCCUGGAGCGCUGUGCGCAUUGGGAUCUACGCCAAGCACCUGGAGAACUGGCUGCAGUACUUCCCUCUAUCGCGAUUCCUCUUCGUCAGUGGGGAGCGGCUGGUCACGGACCCUGCCGGGGAGAUGGGCAGGGUACAGGACUUCCUGGGGCUGAAGAGGGUGGUCACGGCCAAACACUUCUACUUCAACCAGACCAAGGGAUUCCCCUGCCUGAAGACCCGAAGGGAGCAGCAGGCCACGCUGUCUGGGGAAAUCCAAAGGUAGACCUCAUCCACAAAUCUCUCCCGAGGUGCUUCUCAGGCUGCGGGAGUUCUACAGGCCCUUCAAUAUGAAGUUUUACCAAAUGACA